CCGGAACCAUCACCACAGCACCCCUCCCACACUUUUCAUCCAGACAAUCUACUCCAAGUACACCCAGGUAGUAGACACCCUAUCCUCAACCUCACCAAACCCAUGGAAAAGGAAUGGAACACAAAACUCGCACAUACCAGUAAAACACUACCAGAAGCAGUCUGCCAGUACCACCACAGAUACUCAAGAGCACCUCCACCCAGCUUCGAUAGAUGGUACGUUACUCUCAUCCCUUCAAUCCUUGCUCUAAAUCCCAGCAGGCGAGCUUACAUCCAAGAGCACAACAUCCAGCUCCCAGAGGGAUAUAACCUUGAUCUCACUCCUUUCUGGGGUGUAAACCCUGCAUGUCUGCAAGUAAUCCAGCUCGCU